UAUUGCAGUAGUUUGUCACUUUCUUUCUUCCAUCCUUCUUCUUCUUCUUCUUCCUUGGUGGGAGAACUGGGAACCUAAAUUAAGCCAGGUGUCGCCGAAGAAGCUCGGGUCUAACGUUCAAUAUAAGAUUCAGACUUGCAGACUUUCUCUCCAAAUCUUAGUAUGGGUUGGAAAGCUGCUCAGAAACUCAUUCACCACUGGAAGAUUCUCCGAGGCGAUAAUGUUAUGAUUAUAAGGGGAAAAGAUUGUGGUGAAACUGGUGUUAUCAAGCGUGUCAUUCGCUCUCAAAACCGUGUGAUUGUUGAGGGAAAAAAUCUGGUUAAGAAACAUAUCAAACAAGGCCAAGGUCAUGAAGGUGGGAUAUUUUCAGUUGAAGCACCACUCCAUGUAUCAAAUGUUCAAGUUCUUGAUCCAGUUACUGGGAAACCAUGUAAAGUUGGAAUUAAAUAUCUAGAAGAUGGUUCAAAAGUAAGAGUUGCUCGAGGUAUUGGAACAUCAGGCGUACCAAUUCCUCGCCCAGAUAUUCUCAAGAUAAGGGCAACACCCAGACCUACUGUUGCCGGUUCGAAGGAUACUCCAGAGAAGGUGGUAAUGGAGGUGACCUAUGAUGCGAAGACAGGAAUGGGAAUGCCAGAACUGUGAUAUUUCUGCACUUGUUUAUUUUGCUGACAGUUUCAUCACUAUAUGAGGCAUGUCUUUUUUUAUUGUGUAGGACCAAUUGAAAUUGAAUGGUAACAAAAGGCUUUUCAAGCUUUGAAUCAAUUGUAGUACCAUGUUAUUUCAUCUGUUAAGUUGUUUCUGUUAGUAUGACCCCAUUUUUAUUGUGGUUUUGAUCUGUGUCUGA